AUGGCUAAAAAAUCAUUAAGUGAAGAAAUAUCUUCGUUAUAUGCAAAUAAAACUGAUUUUGAUAUAGAAAAUGAAGAAUUAAAUGAUAAUAAUCUAUUUGAACAUGAAGAUGGUGAAUUUGAAUCAUCUGAAUCUGAUAAUGAAUUGAAAAAUCAACAUUAUUUAAAAACCGAAAAAUCAAAAUUAAGGAAAAAUGAUGUAAAUUUAGGUGAAAAAUAUACUGGUAAUGUUAUAAAAAGAGAAAAUUUAUAUAAUGAUGAAAGUUUGGAAGUUGAAGAAAGUGAAGAAGAGGAAUUAGACGAAGAAUUAGACGAAGAAUUAGACGAGAAAAAUAAUAAAGAAGAAAUAGAUAAUGAAAGUGAGGAAGAAGAAGAAGAAGAAGGAGAAGAAGAAGAAAGUGAACCAGAAGAAGAGUCGGAUGAAGAAGAAAGUGCUUUACAUAAAAGAUCAAUCAUCAAAAAGUUAAUUGAUAAAGAACGUACUCAAAUAAUCAAUAGAAUGUCACAAUCAACUGUAAAUGAUGCACUUAAAGGUUUUGCAAUUAUACAACAAAAUAAAAUAUUUGAAAAGAUAAUCAAUAUAAGGCUUCUGUUUCAAAAAUCGUUAAAUCAAAGUAAUCAAUUACCUAUAACACCAGAAAUUUACCAAGAAAAUAAAACUGAAGAGACUCCAACACUUUUAAAAGAAGCAAAAUCAGACUUGUAUUCACUUCUUGAAUCACUAAUUAAUUUACGUAAUGAAUUAUCAGAAACAAAUACUCCAAACCCUAAAAAACGAAAUUAUCAGGAAUAUUUAGAAACAAACAAACAACAAAACAAGCAUUUAUCAGCCAAUACCUCAAAAAUACUUCAGAAAUGGUCAAUUAAAGUUUUAAAUUCAUCAGGAUCAACAGCUAUAAACAAAUUUAAAUCCAUUAAUCAAUCAUUUGAUCAACAAGUUGAAAAUAAUUUAUUAGAUAUGGAUAGAUUGAUAAAGCGUACAAAAAUAAAUCGUAAAAAUAUUACACCAAUUGGAUAUAUACAACCAGAACAAACAGAAGAAAUAAGACAUAAAUCACAACCUACAAAUGAAUAUAUUUUUGAUGAUGAAGAUUUUUAUCGUACUUUACUUAAUGAUUUAGUUGAUAAAAAGAUAUCAUCAAAUAAUCAAGAUAAUAUUACAUUGGUAAAGAGCGUCCAAAGAUCAAAUAAAGUCAAAAAUAAUGUAGAUACAAAAGUUUCAAAAGGUAGAAAAUUAAGAUUUCAAGUACAAGAACCUUUACAAAAUUUUGAAACUUCAAUUGGGAAAUGGAGAUGGAAUGAUGAUCAAAUUGAUGAAUUUUUUGCAAGUUUAUUAGGUCAAAAAGUUAACAUGAAUGAAGGAGAUGAAGAAUUAAAACAAGAGGAAGAAGAGGAAGAAAUAAUACCUGAUGAUGGUAUAAGAUUAUUUGGAUAA